AUGGCUAGUUCAGACAAAUUCGUCACCAUAUAUGUGCUCGAUCAGAGUCCCGCGAUGGCUCCCCAUUUUGACCAGGCCAAAGCGUAUGUGGAAAGUUGUCUGGUGGGGAAGAUAUUAUAUGACCAUUUAGAGGAGAAACGACCUCAUGGCCGGUAUUCCGUCACCCCUGGCUAUGAGAGCCUGCAGAGGUUUCGAGAGAGGGUGAACCUCAAUAGUGCUCCCGUGCAGGAGCAAGAGGGAACUUUGGUGGAUGGAGUAUUCCUUGCUCUGAAAUGCAUCUCAAUGCUCUUGAAGAAGGAUCUGACUACUGGGAAGUUGGUUCUUCCGACAGAAAGACUUACAAUUGUAGUUUUGACCAAUUGUGAGUCGAAUACAGGAAUCCAAACAGCCGAUGUGGAACUGCUUCGAACGAUGCUCCGUAUAGGCAAUGUCACCCUCACGGUGGUGGACUACGGACUUGGUAAGACUGAGUCUUCAUUUGUGAAACAGGAGCAGGAAUCGAAGUGGCUGGAGUUUUUUGGAAGACUACCAUCUCGAGAACUGGACUCCGUUUUUAGCCAGCGAUAUCUGAUGUCUUCUAUCGUGAGCGGUGAGAAGGUGAAUCGUGCUACUUUUUAUUGGCAGGAUGCACCUGUGACGACAACGUAUCGUCCUGUGAAAGCUUUUAGUGGUGAGAUACGACUUGGAUGUGACGUUUUGAAGGAGGAAUUGGUUUUGAGCGAUCCGAAUGCAGUCCCUCAAGUGCAGAAUCAAACCAUUAGGAUGAACGCCGAGGGCUACUCAUUGGUCAAAAAGGAGCCACCUUUGAAUGCGAGCAAGAAGGUGGUGGAGAAAACUAAUGAAGGAUAUUAUUCAGCAGGUAAUAUCAAACAACUCAAGAGCUACUACACUGUGGAGAGUGUUGUGAAUGAAUCCACCGGAAAGGCUGAUAAAGUGCAGCGAGAAGUUGAUUCCUUCAGGAUACAGCGAAGGUAUAAAUUCGGGACCUCUGAGAUACCCGUUUCGGAUGUCUCAAGGGCCAGUCUCAAAUUUCCAACUCAUCCAGCCAUUGAUGUGAUCGGAUUCCAAAAAAAAGCUGAUUUACCUCCAUGGUAUUUUGUUCACGAGCCUUUGCUCAUAACACAUCCAUUGCCUGAUGCCGGCACCAAAAGCGAGCAACUUUUUAAUGUUCUGUGCCAGGCACUUUUGGACUUGGACUAUAUUGCCAUAGUGCGGUUUGUACAGAAGAAAGACACUCCGGUAGAGGUUUGCGCUAUGAUUCCAUUCCUGCUUGCUGAUGUUCGGUCUCAGGCCUUCAAGGGUGUCAUUUUGAAUUUGAAAAGAGCUCGAGAUGAUAAGCUGGAGACCAACUCAUUGGAUGGCAGUAGCUACUGCUUUACUUUGAUCAAGCUUCCGUUUAGAGAGGACGAGAUGGUGGCUGUGUUUCCACGCAAUAAGAGCUCUGUUGAUGAGAGUCCCUCUGAGGAGCUUUUGGACUUCAUGGGCGAACUCGUGGAUAUCCAGGAUUUGGACGCUCCAAAUAAAAACUUCGAUUCAAAGCCUGGAAGAGAAGGCAAAUAUCUGGAAUUACAGUCAUAUCCUGAUUUGACAUUUCCGGAACCUCCAUUCUCCAGCAACAUAUACAAUAAGGUAACGGAGCAAUUACUCGCGCAGAGGAACCCUACGAUAGAAUUCACCUCGCUUGUUUUGCGGAGAUUGGUGUCGGAAAUAAAUAUCUCUGGCGAUGAGUCGCAUUUGUUUGAUACGUUGCUAACGAAAAGUCCUACUCUGGUUGAUCAAGUUAUCACUAAGGUUAAUGAAGAGUGUGGGCCAUUCAAGCCAUCACUAUCCACCCCGGCGGUUUCCCUCUCCAAGGAACGGGUCGAGCACGUUCUUGCUCUUUUUGACAACAACGAGAGACCACCACGGGAAACAAAUUCGCGCGAUAAGUACUCAAAGAAUAGGAUCGUGGCAGUGGAUGCACCUCCACUGCAGCUGUGA